GGCAAGUGGCAGAAGUUGCUUCAACCUAAUUGUCUUUCUCUACUCGUACUGUCCUCAAAUGACUUUCUCUCUGUCUCAACUCUCCCCUCCCUCCCUUCUUUGCUUCUCUCUAGCUCUGCCCAGUCUCUGUCUCCGUCUGUAACUGUAGCCUGUGUUUUUUUCUCCCUCCCACUCCCUGCGACGUAUAGAUACUGCAUUGAUCAGACACACGCGCGCAGACACAUGCACACACACGCACACACUGAGCCUCCCACUCCUUUCAUCAUUGAUUCGCUCUGCUCUCUUUCUCUCCCCAUUCUCUUUUUCUCUCUCUCUCUCUCUCUCUCUGUCUUUCUCUCUCUGUCUUUCUCUCUCUACAGCGGCACUUGUUGAAUUCAACCCUUGGAGAAUAGAGAGAGGGGAGAGAACCAGAGAGAGAUAAUGACAGGGAGGCAGAGGGAGGCUUUAAGACAACGCUAGAACAGACCGUGAGCAGAGAGAAUGGGGCUUUGGAGCAUAUAGAGAUAGAAGCUAGGCUGGGAAAGACAGACAGAGGAAAAGUCAGUCAAGACUGCAGAAAGAAAAUCAUCUUUGAGACAGUGGGAAUGACACUUUAAUUGAAAGAGAGAGUCAACCAGACGGAGUACAUCAGAGUGCUCUCCUUCCAUCUCUAACUACUCCUCUUCUGUCCUGCUGCUGGUGUGCUAGUGUGUGCCAAGGCUCCAUGGUGUGUUUUAACCAGAAGACUGGCUUACACAGGUCAGAAUGGUCUGGGAUAACUAUGCCUCUCUCAGUGGCAGAGUCUGCAGUAAAUAUCUGAAACCCCAUCUUCCUAUUCCUCUGCAGCCAACAUGUCCCAGCUGCUCCAUGUGGAGAUCCCAAACUUUGGAGCUACAGUUCUGGGCUCCCUUAAUGAGCAGCGCCUGCUGGGACACUACUGCGAUGUAUCCAUCCUGGUCAAAGGUCAGGCUUUCAAAGCCCACCGGGCCGUUUUGGCUGCCAGCAGCCUCUACUUUCGUGACCUCUUCAGCAGCUCCACCAAGAGCCAGUUUGAGUUGCCCUCCUCAGUCACACCUGCUUGCUUUGAGCAGAUCCUCACUUUCUGCUAUACAGGGAAGCUAACAAUGGCAGCUAGUGAACAGCUGGUGGUCAUGUACACAGCUGGCUACCUCCAAAUUCAGCAUAUAGUUGAAAGAGGCAUGGACCUAAUGUUCAAGGCAAACUCACCUCACUGUGACUCGCAAACAGCAGGGUCUUUAGAGGAAACAGGAUCCGAGCCGCAGAGUCCUUGUAAUAAUGGUAACGGCCUAGCGGUGGCUGCCCUUUUGGGAACCCCGGGCUGGUCUCCAUCCUUACUCAUGCCGCAACGUAAGAUUAAACUAGAAGGGGGUGACCCGACACCCUUGACAAUACCUUUAAUGCAAAGCAAGAUUUCGUCUUCGGAGUUGGGAAGUCGGCUGGCGAGGGCCGGUUCACUGUUUUACACGACAGCUGGUGGGACCCCCAUCCCCGGUAUGCCUCCGUAUCACCUUCAAGGGCCCGGUGGGGGUGGAGCAGGAGGAGGAUCAGGAGUUGAAAGGUCCAGUCCUGGAGCAUCCAGCCUGCCAACCACUGACAGUCCUACAUCCUACCAGAAUGAGGAUGAGGAGUUUGAGGAAGAGCCCUAUGAUGGGAUCACAGAGGAUGCCUACAGUCAUCUCUAUGGACGUUCAGCUAACCCCUACGGGAUCCAGGACAAGCCAGAGAUGGCAGCGAUGCCCUUGGCCUUGGAGAGCCGCAACUGUGUGCUGAUCCGCAGGGACCUGGUGGCGCUGCCUGCAAGCCUCAUCAGCCAGAUAGGCUACCGCUGCCACCCUAAGCUCUACACUGAGGGGGACCCUGGGGAGAAGCUGGAAUUGGUAGCUGGUACACAGGUGUUCAUGACCCGAGGACAGCUGAUGAAUUGUCAUCUAUGUGCUGGUAUCAAACACAAAGUCUUGCUUCGCCGUCUGCUAGCCACAUUCUUUGAUAGAAACACUUUAGCCAACAGCUGCGGGACAGGUAUCCGUUCUUCUACUAGUGACCCCAGUAGGAAACCCCUGGACAGCAGGGUCCUCAAUGCUGUCAAACUCUACUGUCAAAAUUUCAACCCUAACUUCAAGGAGAGUGAAAUGAAUGUGAUUGCUGCUGACAUGUGCACAAAUGCGAGGCGUGUCCGCAAGCGAUGGUUGCCCAAGAUCAAAUCCAUGCUGCCUGACGGCAUGGAGGUAUAUCGUGCAGGAAUGGGCAUGGGUGCUGCUGUGGGUCUGGGCCUGGCACUGGGUGCCUCUCAACCAGGAGUACCCCUCCCCUUCGAGCCUGACUUCAAGGCCCUAGAGCAAAGGUUGUAUCCAGAUCGUAAGAACCCUCUCAGGACUCACCCACCGCUGACAGAGGGUAGCCCUGGGCCUGGGGCAGCUGGGGCAGAGGCUGAAGGUGAAGGAGUAGUCCAGGAGGAACAGGAGGAAGAGGAGGAUGAAUCUGGGUUAGAGGGUGUAGACGGAUCACUGGGGGCGCCAACUUUGAUCCCAGGAGUUGAGGCAGUCAAUAGUGGCACCACGCCGCCUGAGCAGGAAGUGGAAGGUUUUGGACAAGGUCUGAGGGUGAACGGACAGUGAAUGUCCCUUUGGGCUGCCUCUCACAUUGUGAAAUCUGUAUAACACCGCAUUUUCUUUUGCUUGCUCUCUAACUCUAACAUCUCGUCUACCACUCUUUCUUCUCCUCUGUGCUUCCUCAACAGGAAUCGUAGAUCUUACUAUACAGGAAUUUGUAACACAUGCAUGUGCACAUGUGUGCUUGUGUACACGCAUACUUACCGAUAGUGGAAGUAGAUCACUCAUAGUAGCAGUAGACACAGGCAUGGCAUUAGCACAUUAAGAAAAUCAACCCUUUCUGCUCCACCCUUUUCUUAGUAUAUUCAGUAUUUACUCAGGACGAAUUCACAAAGAAUGGAUUGCGGCUGCUGAUAGCACCAUCAAUUGCGCAUCACUUUCAACCGCGAUCUGCCCCGUCUCAAGGUCCCAUUCACAAAAGAUAUUGCGCUAAUGAUAUUACAGUGCAAACAUAAUAAAGUUUUGCAGCAGAGUGCAAUUUGCCUUUUUUGCCUCCGAUUGCAUUUAUUCAUGUGGCAAAGUAUGAAUGUUGCCUUUGCGCCAAGAACACACAGGAACACUUAACUUAGAUAUGUGCAAAUAGCACAGGAGCACUGAGACGCUAUAUGCUCGGCAGCGCAGUUUGGGGUGCAUUUCACCAUUUAAUGUGUGCUUUUGCGAAUUACACAGUUUCUCUCUGUCGUAUUAAUGCAGGUUUAGUGGCUGCAAAAGCCACGCAAUCCCUUUUUUGAAUUUGCCCAUUAGUAUUUUGGCACCCGCAGCAAUAAUACAAAGGUCUGAUAGCAGAACAAAUGGCUGCAAUGAUUUAUCAUUUUAUUGCAAAACAAAAGAAACCGCUGCUUUGCUGGUAGUUUAUUGAGUGUGUUAUAAUGGUUUGUAAAAUGAUUCAGUUUUCUGGAAAAAUCCGAAAAUACCCUGUGUACCCUUGGGGAAAAACAGUUCAGAGAAACAAAGCUCUCUUAAAUAGUCAGCUUAUUUUGCUGUAUGAUAAAUAUGUAUAAAUAUAUAUAACAAAGAAUGUAUUAUAACUUAUUAUAACUAAAGGUCAAGUAGUGCAUUACUGUCAUGAUGCAGAACAAUUUUCCUUUCUGUUUAAACAUCACAUAAUUUUUAGGAUAAAGACGAGGAAAACUUUUUCUGCAAAAGCUAAAGACUUCUCGACAAUCCUACAAAUAAUCUAUCACAUGGAGUUGUAUUUUCAUGCAUAUUUGCAUGACAAAUUGGAUUAAGUUGUCAAUGUGAUGCCUGUGUCUGCUCCAGACCGCCCCUCCCAACCACACACGCAUACAGAUCCACACACACGUGCGCACAUUUCUCACCUUAUGAUACUUGGUCUUUAAUAGCUGCACCGAUGCAUUAAAAAUACAUUGUCCAAAAGAAAUGUAACAAUGCUUUUUAUCUUUGAAAAAAUCCUUUUGAAUUACAUCAUUCUGUCUUGGAGAUACAGUGAGACAUGAACAAGAACAUGCACUAAAAUCCCAGCUUGCAUGCAUGAAUACAAACAAUGGAUACAGAGAAUCAUUGAAAACAACAACAAGCCACAAACCUGCAUCUAAAUAAGAAAACAGCUACUGUUGCCUCGAGAUAUGCCAUUAAAGGACUUUUUUCCACUUCUCACUGGGAUCUGUUAUCAGUGUGACACAUGUUAGAACUGACCUGGGUGGGACCCAGGAUCGACUGCGUUUGACACAGUACCGAUCGGAUUUUCUUUUUUAACUAUGGAUCGUGCUGUCACCAUGAGUAGAGGAGACUGAAUAUAUGGAGUGGUAAGAGGAAGUGCACUACACUGAGUGGUAGAAGAAAGAAGCACUGUUUCACCUUGAUGUGGUGGUGUGAUUGGCACCAAGACUACAUAGUCCUGCUUCCAUCCUGUUUAUUUUCCUGGGGGGGUUGGGGGGUAAAUUAUUGAAUAAAACUAGUAAGAGCAAUUUCUGCUGGCUUAUUGCAUUUGCACUCAAAAACUGUUAACGGGUGGGAAAACUAAGGAGUUUGGCAAAAAUGUGACUGUACUAAAGACUGAAAAUGUCCUCCACAUCUCCCUGAUUGUUUAUUUGAUGGGGAGAUUGUGGGUUUGGAAAGAUAAAAUUGGUCUUUGUGAAGAUAACUGUUUCUAAAUUUUGGAAGGGGCGGAUGAGGCAAUGUCGAACAGGGACUUAAACCUGUAUUUGUCAUACUCAUUUUCAUUUUUGAUAUCUGUUUUCAUGCUUUCUGCCAUGCAUAGGGACACAGUCCAAACAGCAUUCCUUUCCUGUUUUGUGCAUUGAUUUUAAGAGAUACACUGUUGUAUUUUUUUUUUUCUCUGUGUCAAAGCACAUUUAAUCACAAGGUCAGACCACCAAAUUAAGUGGAGUUUUGGCAAAAUUAAUUUUUCCACUGCAAAAAUGUAUAGUAUAAGAUAACAACCAAGCAAAAUAAUACAGUAUAUGCCCCUGAUAUAUUUGAUCUGUUUGUUUAUGCUUCAGUGCUGUGCCACCUUAAAGGUUGUAAUCUUGUUUUGGAUUCUUUAGGAGAAGCUUUAAGAUGGUCCUGCACAAGAAACACAGGGUUAUAAUUGCACUAGGUAAUAAUAAUAAUGACGUUUACAGUAUCUAGUUUUUUUUCUUUUGGAAGAAAUGUGAUCCACGAUAAAACAAGGCUGUGACAGAAUGGCUGAUGUGAAGAAUGAAUGUAAACUGUAGCACUGCUUUGCCGAAGGGUCCAAGCCUUGAUUGAAUAUGGUCAAAUAUGGUCAAGACUCGCUUUUUUCUCAAUUGUAAACUCAUACUCAUACUUAAAAAUGGGCCGUAAUAUAGCAUUAAGUUGACUGUGAGACUAGAUGAUGUUCAAACCUAAAGCUUUAGUGAUUUAAUGAUUUUUAAACUGGUCUUCCAAAUUUGUUAACACCAGGGAGUAUUUCGAAAACUGAGCGAGGUUCGAGUACAGGCUUUUAUAACUCUAUUGUUCAUUCUAUUUUUAUCCCAACGAGCUCCUCAUUUUUUAGAUAUUUUGAUAGUUAUGUGUGUCUCUAAUGUUGAAAUGACAUAUAUGUGUUCACAAAACGGAGAGAUCAUGACAUUUUCUGUAUAGACUUCAAGAUUUCGCAAAUUAUUUCUUUAUCUCACUUUUAAUUUAAGAUUCAGUUCCUAAAGUUGCUCUUGUAAGAAAAAUAAAGAUAUUCAGUUGUUUAUUGGAACCACUACCUUAACUAUUGGACUUUAUGCAAGGAUCGCCUGCACUUCUGAUUUUGUCAACAGUCUUCCACAAAUGUAUAUAAUUAAAGUAAACUAAAUUCACAGUUAUUACUUUAGAUCACAAAAUAAGUUUAAUCAGCCUGCCCCCAAAAAAUUGAAACCUGUGUACUGUGCAGUAAGUAUAUGUUUAUUCUACAGUAUUUUUUUCUUUGUAUUUUCAUGCACAAUAAAUCUAUGCUUUUAGUUCUAUUUUCAAACAGGCAGAUUUUUUUUGCAUGGCCACGACUUUAACUUAGAGAAAUGUGAAAUGAAACGUUGAUAUACUCCACUAGUGAUAAAGGGGUGUGGAGCAGUGCCUACUAAAAUUAGGCUCCAAGCACCUUUGCUCAGUAUAAUGUAUUUAAUAUUUAAUUCACUGAUCUUCUUACUGUUUGUUUGCUAUCAUCUCAUUCUUUAUGGAGAUUGUAUGCACCUGCCCAAUUCAUUUGAACUCAUAACAGAUGGCACUUAAAUGCAUUCAACAGCUAAUCAGCUAGAUGGAUGGAUCCCCUGGACAGACAUCCUCACAUUAUUUAUACGAUUGACAGACCUAUAUAGUAUUUCCUUGUUCGCAUUUAAGAUAAGGCUUUUGGGAAACUUCACUUUGGAAUAGUCUUCCUCACAAAACAAUCCAAGAUAAACAUUUUACAUUUAUUUUCCUUGAUGCAUUUACAUUUCAGCUUCUCCACUGUUUGUCUGCCUUACUGUAUGUCUGACUCUGUCCUGGGCAAAAAAAUACAUACAUUUUUGAGGGAAUACUAUAUAUUGCUUCUCUUCUGCUUCGGGUCUUUUUUUUGUUUUUCUUGGGCAGGGUGAAUUUGAACAUGAAUGGUGUUGCACUAUAAACUGAGAUAUUCUCAGAGAAUGUCAUGGCUAACCCUAAGGGAGGAUGAGCUGUUUGAGUUGGCUGGAAGAAAAAAAGUCCUGUAAAAUGUAUGUAAUGUUAUGUAUUUUACAUACAUCUUUAAUUGAAAGCAGUAUCCCCUUCACAGCAAACUGUGUAGUUAAGAUUGUUUUUAUUUUUUAUUUAAUGACAUAAAUUUGUCUUUUGCAAUAUCUGCCAUUCACCUGGAUGAUCAUUGAAAAUGACAAGAAAAGAGAUAGGAUGGGAUUGUUAGUUGAAAAGAACCUGUUUUUACAACCAUUUCUUUUUCAAAUAAAUUGUUACUUACCUUCUACAUGGUCCCCCAUUACUGUAAAACUGAUAGGCACAGUAGUUUGUGUUCCAUUGAGUGGUUUGUCCUGAGAACAAUACAUAUGCAAAGAGACACUUGUAUCAUAAAAUGCAUGCCAUUCAGACACUCACUCUAACCCAAUGAAACCUCUGAUCUUUAUGUAACAUGUAUUUUAUGCUGAAUAACUGUUGUCACUGUUAGCAAACAAAGACUCUUGCAAUGAGUAGGGUUGUAUUUUUUUAUUACACACCCUAGCCUUUUAUUGAAUGUUUGCAACAAGUUUAAUCUAUUAUAGUAAUAACAGCAAAGUAGUGAUAAAGAGUGGAAUACGUAAACUAACUACCCAGUUGAACCUUCAGCAUAAAAAUGCACUAAAAGUUUUUAUGUGUAUGUAUGUGUCCUUGAACAUAAUGCCAGCACUUUAGAACUACUUAGAAAAAUGAGAGAAAAGAGUAACCGAGGGUUUGGCGAAUUAGGAGAAAACGCAACUUUUAAAGCCAUGUGUUCAGAGCGCUGACAAUCAGAAUAGGGAUGAGACCCAAAGUGCAUUAUGGGAGAUCUGACAUGACUUGCUGUGCUCUUGUUAUUUGCUUUGUCUUUCUCCAGCUUGCUUUGGUCUGUGCUAGCUUACUUUCCAGAGUGGAGGGACAUGGUGUUGUUAACUCCAGCCUUCUUGGUUAUAAGUGUGUGUCGCUGCAACAAGGACUGACUGAUGUUUGACUGAUAUCUUGGUGCUUCGUGAAAAGAGCUGUCCCAUGUUGACAUGGACCAUAUCUGUAAUGCUCUGGUAAGCUUGGGCCGAACUUGGUCCUAAGUCUGGGCUUAUUGGUAACCUCUCAAUGUCCAUAUGACAAAAGAGGAUCUUAUCAUGCAACCCUACACUUUGAUCAUGGUAACGUUCUUCACUAUCAACAGGGCUUGGACCAGGCAAACUGGGAUGGGACAAUUUCAGUGUUGAUACUGCUUUAUGUUUCAAAUGAAAAAUGUUAAAAUGUGUAUGCGCCUUCUGACUCAAGCAUCAAUAAUAUAUACAACAGAAAUGCAAGUUGCCACUUUUGAUGUUGCAUAAGAAUCUACUUUUCAUUCCCAUCAUGGUAUUUGCCAUCAGCAGUUUCAGUUGUGUAGUCCAAGAGUACCUGAUUUCUUUAAAUGCAAUACAGAAAAAUCUGCUUUCUAAUAAAAGUCCUUACUUCACCAUA